CCCGCCCCGUCGCCAUGUUCCCUCCGUGCUGAGCCCUAGCAGCGGGAGCUGGAGCCGGGCCGCGCUGUCAUCUUCGCCUCCCGUGCGCCAGGCCCCCGACCCUCCUUCUGUCCUCCCUGCACCCUGACAGGCCGGCCCGAAGCUCCCGGGGCGUCCUCCGUGUGUCCGCGAGUCUCUGGCACCACUGUAAUGGAAAAUCCCUACACUGCUUGUAAUCUCAAAAGCUGUCCGGUGGAGCAAAACUAGAGAGGAAGGAAACCCAGAACUAUCCAGAAGUAGACCUGCUGGGGUGACAAAAGGAGGUGGAGACCCCUGAAGCUUUCAGCCCCUGCCUGUCUCAAGAAGUGUCCACAUGCUAUUGAGUUCUGUGGAUCACGUAUGCAGUCUGGGUCUGAUUGAGGGAGCCCAGGUUUACACGUUGUGCCUCUCACUUACUGAGGAAAAUGAAACUUCCUGAACUCCUAUAACGAGACUGGCACUGUGACGAAACGCUUUUCUACUGGCGUCUGAGUGAAUCUUCUCAACAACCCUAGGAGAUAAUGAUGCUUGAGCUGAAAAAUUAAGGUUUCUGAAGUCAAAGCUCACAAGAUUAAAAAUGGCAGGAAAAUCAUCACUUUUUAAAGUAAUUCUCCUUGGAGAUGGUGGAGUUGGGAAGAGUUCUCUUAUGAACAGAUACGUAACUAAUAAGUUUGAUACCCAGCUCUUCCAUACAAUAGGUGUAGAAUUUUUAAAUAAAGAUUUGGAGGUGGAUGGACAUUUUGUUACCAUGCAAAUUUGGGACACAGCUGGUCAAGAGCGAUUCCGAAGCCUCAGGACACCAUUUUACAGAGGUUCUGACUGUUGCCUGCUUACUUUUAGUGUUGAUGAUUCACAAAGCUUCCAGAACUUGAGUAACUGGAAGAAAGAAUUCAUAUAUUAUGCAGAUGUGAAAGAGCCCGAAAGCUUUCCUUUUGUAAUUUUGGGUAACAAGAUUGACAUAAGCGAACGGCAAGUGUCUGCAGAAGAAGCCCAAGCCUGGUGCAGGGACAACGGCGACCAUCCUUACUUUGAAACAAGUGCAAAAGAUGCCACAAAUGUCGCAGCAGCCUUUGAGGAAGCAGUUCGAAGAAUUCUUGCUACUGAGGAUAGGUCAGAUCACUUGAUUCAUACAGACACGGUCAAUCUUCACCGAAAGCCCAAGCCUAGCUCAUCUUGCUGUUGAUUGUUAAAGAGAUUCUCAUAGCAUUCUAAUCAAUUCACACAUAUACACAAAGUAAACCCGAGGGUGGGUGGAUAAGAGAAUUAGCGUUGAAGCAGUGUAUCAUCUACUAAUAAAAUUAAACUAUAUUGUUGCUUCAUUAGUUGGUGGGAGAAGGGACACAUCCACUCACAGAGGAAUCAUUAUUUACUCAGUAAUGGCACCUUACAUUUACAAAUUGUAACGGCUGUCUAAUAACGUUUCUUUAAAUAUGUAAGUUACACAGCUAAUAAAUGAGACAAACAAGACUUUAAUCAUAAUUAAAACAAAAAACUUGACUAUUCUAGAAGGUA